AUGCGGAGGAACCAGCACCCCCUCCCUCCCCGACCUGGGAACCGGCGGAACAACUCUGGCCAGGCGGCGGCUUCGUCCUCGACUUCCAACGCGAAUGCCAACUACGGAUAUGUCAACCCGGCCUCUGGAGGAUAUGGGGGUUACAAUGCGAGCGGAGGUUACAACCCAGCAGGAGGGUAUCCGGGAUACGGCUACAACGCAUCUGGCGGAUACCCCGCUUACAGUGCUUAUGGUUACGGAGCUGGCGGAUACAAUGCCUCUGGCGGGUACCCUGCGUACGCGGCCUAUCCUCAGCAGCAGCAAGCCUGGCGCAACUGCUCGCACGCCGGGUGUUCCUUCGCCGGCCCCGGGGACCAGAUGGCUUCACACGAAGCUUCGCAUGCCAACCCCAACAGUCGAGCGGGCAAGAUCGACUGGAGCGCCUUCGCGCCUGCGCCGGCCGGCCAGCGCAGCGAGGAAGAGGAGGCGGCCGCGCGGAGGUUGGGCGGAGGCAACGGGCGCGCGCCCAUGAUUCCGGGAACUGGCAUUCGACUCGAGACGGACGAAGACGUCGCCAAGUGGAUUGCGGAGAGGAAGAAGAAGUUCCCGACAAAGGAGAGGGCGAAGGAGAAGGCCGAGGAAGAUGCCGAAGCUAUUGCGCGAGGCGAGAACCCCCGCAAGAAGCGCAAAAUGGACCCUGCUAUUGCUGCAGAGGAGUGGGGACGGGAACCGGUUGAGCGGCCUGCGGAGCGGACUACGACUGAUCGGGGACGAGGGCGCGGUCGAGGGAGGGGCCAGGAGCGCGGACGGGGAAGGGGAAGAGGAGGACGAGUGGGCGCAGUCGAGCCGCACAAGACUGCGUCGAGCGAGUUGUCCAGCGACAGUUCCAGCGACUCGUCCUCGAGUGACUCGUCUGACUCCGACUCGGAUCCUGACAGCGAUGUCGAUGGGGAGCUGCCUGAACUUCCAACGAAGCACGCCGAGGAAGAUGAAGAGGAUGCGGAGGAUGAGCAGCCCGAGGAGAAGAAAGAAGAGCCCAAGCCGACGCGGCCAGUGUGCAAGUUCUUCGCCCGCACUGGAAAGUGCAGACACGGCGCCAAGUGUCGGUUCGAGCACACGCGACCCGAGUCCGCCACCUCGACCGCCCCCUCCGAAGCGAAGAAGCCCGUAGGCCCGCCGAAACCGGCACCCCCGCGCCAGCCGAUGCAGAAGAAGCCGAAUCUCUUCGCACGCGGAAGUAUGCUUGGAGACCUGCUCGAGGUCCCCCUUGAAAACACGCUUAGCCAGCUCACGCAGGCCAUCCGCUUCUUAGCUGCUAACGACUUCCUUCAAGGCGUCGAAGCUUACGCGGGCGAAGCGGACGAGAGGGAGCGCGAGCGUAACAAAAUCACAGUUGUCGGCGAGAGAGAGGCUGUCGAUGAGGAGCCGGCGAAGGUCACGGAGGUGACGGAGGCUUCGACCGGGGAUGAAGCGCCUGAGGUUGCGGCGGAGGCAACGGAGGUGCUUGACGCGGAGACAACGGAGCAAACACAAACCACAGCAUGA